GUUUUACUGCCUCCUUUUUCUCCGUAUAUAUUUUAUUAUUAUUAUGUCUGAUAAUGAUGAUACCAUCAAAAUACAUCAUCCUUCAACUAUUGACUUAUCUAAUGGUUCAGGUCUUACUAUGAUUAAGGAACAUAACGAAGAAACAGAUGAAACUAUACGAAAACAAUAUGAAAAUAUGUCUUAUGAUGAAAUGACUCAACGACUAGCAGAAAGUUAUAAACAAUUAUCGGAUAUAUUGGGAACUCGUGAUAUCACUCCUUCUUCAACUUCAUCUGAUAAAACAAACUCAAUGGAUUUUCACUUUGAAGACGAUAUGGAUGACUUGAAUGAACAACAACUAUUAGAAAAUACUCAAUUAGAUGAUAAUACCAAACGUAUAAAAAUGUCUAAACUCUUUUGGCGUGCUGCUUCUUCUGGUGAUAUUGAUAAAGUACAACUUUUUCUUCAAGAUUCAAAAUAUAAACCUUUUAUCGAUAUUGAUGUGAAAGAUGAAGAUGGAACUACUCCUUUGAUUUAUGCUGCUUGUUUUGGAAAAAUGGAUAUUGCUCAAGCUCUCUUAUCAUCUGGUGCAAAAAUCGAUAUUCAGGAUUCAUUUGGAUGGUCAGCAUUGAUGUGGGCAACAAAUAAUAAUCAUGAACAUUUAGUCAAGAUAUUAUUGGAACAUGGUGCUUCCUCUCAAACAAAAUCAUCCAAAGGUCGAACAGUGUUUGAUUUUGUCAAUACUGAUAAUCAAAAGAUAGUAGAUAUUCUAGCAACCAAUCCAAGGGAUAGUAUAUCUUCAACAUCAAGUGUUUUUGGUCGAAAUGGUAGUAGUCUUUCUUCUUCAUCUUCUAAUGCUGGUGAUUAUGACUUUUAUUAUCAAUCAACUGUAGAAGGGUUCGAUAAUUUUAUGAAUGAAGAAGCAGAUAGACGCAAAAAACUAUUGGAAUCAGCAAUGGCUCUUGUUAGUGAUGACGAUACUAUGGAUAACCUUGACAAUACUAUCGAUGAUUCAAAUUUGGAUUUACAUAACAAUAUGGACGAUGAUGAUGAUGAUGAUGAUGAUAUCAGCAAUGAAUUUCAAUGGGACAAAUGCUUACCUCAUCAAAUGUUUGUAUUUAGUGCAGAUGAUUUACCUUAUAUUCUUGAUACUGUUAUCACCAAUAUUCAACUACCUAUGCGAUCACAACAUGAAAUAUGUGUACCAGCUAAUGUCAUUUUCCUCAGUGCUCGAUUCUCUCAUUAUUUUUCAACUGAUGAACUUGUAAAUCAAGUUUUGGAUGGAUCCCUUGAAAGAGUGGCCAAUGUUAUCAAGAAUAAUGCUCGAAACAUACAUAUACUCGCUUUUUGGAUAACCAAUCUUACACAAUUACUUCAUUAUCUGAAGAAAGAUACCGGUCUUGUCGUAGCUACAGCAAAACAACAACUUAACCUAUCAGAACUUAUCUCAGAAACCUAUAUGACGAUAAUCAAUGAUACUGAACGACGUAUUAACAAGAUUCUGGGUCCUGCCAUGUUGGAGCACGAUGAAAUCCCUGGUAUGGAUGAUGUCAAUUUUACUGAUGAUUGGCAUCGUUUCUUCCGUAGAAGUAGUCGACGAUCGGUGAUUGUACCUCCUGAUGGCGCCCUUGCUGUCCAGAUGAAACGCAAUAAAAGUACACCUAGUUCAAGUACCAAUACAAACAAUGGUAACGACAAUACCAGUAAUAUUGAAUCAAGUACAGACGGAUCUGGAAAAAUGGGUACUAUAUCACCUCAAUCGAUCACAAGUUUAUUAUCAUCUACUUUAUUCGUGUUACAAUCUUAUGAUGUCCAUCCAACUAUUAUCAUUCAAGCUUUAGCUCAAUUCUUCCAUUACUUAUCAUGUGAACUCUUCAACCGUAUUCUCACCAAUAAGAAACUUUUAUGUCGAUCCAAAGCUAUGCAAGUACGGAUGAAUUUAUCUCAAAUUGAAGAUUGGAUUUGCGCAAACAACAUGCCAGUUAGCCUUGGAUCUUAUUUGACACCAACAACACAACUCCUCCAACUUUUACAAUGUUUAACUCAAUUGACAGAUUUGGUUAGUUUUAUCAAUACUGUGAAAACAUUUGAUGUAUUGAAUGCCUUGCAAGUAAAACGUUGUGUAGUGAAUUACCGAUAUGAAGUUAAUGAACCUCGUCUACCUGAAGAAAUCGAAAAAUAUGCUAUGCAAUUAGCUGAAGAUACCAUUCGUCAUCGUCAAAAUCGUCACCAACAACAAAAAGAUACAAAAUCAACACCUGUGCCACGACGACGUCAUACAUCCAUGUCUAUGUCAAGGUCUCAGAGCAAUUCUAUGCAACGUAGCGAUUCACGACGUCGGGAGAGUAUGUCUCAUUUAGUGGGUUCUUUUAUGUCUAGCAUGGGGAUCACUACAUCAACAGAUUCAGCAUCACAACAACAACAAGAAGAAGAAAAAAAUUUACCUUCUUCACCUGUGGAUAAGACAACACCAAAGGCAAUAGAUAACAACAAUAAAAUCAAUACGGAACUGGAUAAUGAUGAUGAAAAGGAAAUCAAAGAAACAAAGGAUUCCAAGUUUAUGCUUCCCUUUUCUGUACCUACCUCUGCAACACAUGGAACAACAACAGCAACAACAACAUCGACAAAUGGCCAACAUUCAUCAUCCAAAUAUGAACAUACUGUGAAAGAACGUUCAUUGGUUCCCAUCAUUCCUGAGUCAUGGAUGAAUAUUCUUGACAAAGGUCAUACCAACCCUUAGAUAGUUCAUUCCUCCCUUUUUUUAUCUUCUCCCAUCUUCUUUUAUGUACAUUUUUUUUUUUUUUAUUUCCCUUUCAUCUAUUUUGUACACAAACACUAGUUUUUUUGUUUCCUUCUCCUCAUCAAACUUUUUUUUUUAUUAUUAUUACUUACCCCUGUAUGAUUUCCUUUAUGAUUCUCUUCUCUAUAUAUUCAUGAUCAACAAAAAUAACCCCUGUCUAAUAUACGAUGAUUAAAAAAAAAAAAAGAUAAUAUCCAUCUGUUCUAGUUGUCAUUCUUUUUCCAAAAUCGGAAAAGUAAAGUGAUCAUAUAUCAUCUUUCACAUUUACCAAUAAAAGCAAACCUUUCAUAG